AGAACUUGGGUCAUCGACACUGUCGUCUAUCCUUCCCUGUAGCAAUAGGCUAUAUUGUAUGGCUAUCAACUACAUUUUUUAAAUAGUUCUGAUUCUUCAGUGCGCAUGACAUUUCAUCCACAACAAUUAGGUGCUCCUCGACUAGACACUUGACUGGCUCAGAGUGCAUGCAGUUACAUCUCUCGCGUCAAUGGAUUUGCGUAAACCGAUCUGGAGUAUCUUGACAGUGCUGGCAGCGCUUGCCCUUAUCGUUGAACAUGCUCAGUCUAAAGUCACCUGGGAAGUCCAACGAUAUGACGGCUGGUAUAACAAUUUAGCCUAUCACAGUCGAGGAGCUGUUGGUUCCCCCCUGGUGCGACUGCUGCCCGCGCGUUACUCUGACGGGGUGCUCCAGCCCCUGCAGGAACCACAGCUCCCCAACCCGCGCAAACUCAGCGAUGUGACGGCCAGGGGCCACUCGGGCCUGCCCUCCGCACACAACCAGACCGUACUCUCUGUGUUCUUCGGGUACCAUGUAAUGUUUGAGAUACUGGACUCCCGUCCUCCCGGCUGUCCCCCUGAGUUCAUGUACAUCCCCGUCCCAGAGGGAGACCCAGUCUUCGACCCACACCGUACCGGCCGUGUCCUACUGCCCUUCCAGAGGGGGCCCUGGGAAAAACACUCCAGCCAGAGCCCCAAUAAUCCCCGCACACAGGUGAACCUGGUGACAGCAUGGCUGGACGGCAGCUCUAUCUACGGCCCAUCUAGUUCCUGGUCUGACGCCCUGAGGAGUUUCUCUGGAGGUCUCCUAGCCUCGGGGGAGCAGUUGGACAUGCCCAAGAGGAGCGGGAGCACUAGCCUCAUGUGGAGCGCUGCUGAUCCCUCCACUGGUCAGCAUGGACCUGAGGGGCUCUAUGAGUUGGGUAACGCCUGGGGCAACGAGAAUGUGUUCACCAUGGCCGAGGGGAUCGUGUGGUUUCGCUACCACAAUUACAUCGCCUCCCAGCUUAGUGAGAAACACUCGUCGUGGUCUGACGAAGACCUGUUUCAAAACGCCAGGAAGACCGUGGUCGCCACGUUCCAGAAUAUUGCCUUCUACGAAUGGCUGCCUGGAUUCCUGGGGGUGUCUGUCUUGUCUCCUGCAGGCUACCAGAAGUUUGUGGAUCCAGGGAUCUCACCUGAGUUCCAGGCUGCUGCCAUCCGCUUUGCCUCCACGAUGGCCCCACCUGGUGUCUAUAUGAGAAACAGAACUUGCCACUUUCAGAAGGUUGUCAACAUCGACGGGAGCACGUCAUCAGCCAUUCGCAUGUGUAACAGCUUCUGGAACCGUCAGAACCCCAACCUGAAGUCAGGCCAGGACAUAGACCAUCUGAUUAUGGGCAUGGCUUCUCAGAUCGCGGAGAGAGAGGACAACAUGGUUGUGGAGGACUUAAGAGACUACAUGUACGGUCCUCUGCGUUUCUCACGGUCAGACCUGGUUGCUCUGACGGUGCAGAGAGGCCGGGACUUUGGCCUGCCCAGCUAUAACCAGGUCAGAGAGGGGCUGGGCCUGGCCCCUGUGGGGAGGUGGGGAGACGUAAACCCUCAGCUCAACACCACCAACCCACAGUUAUUCAGGGACCUAUCAGACCUGUAUGACGGGGAUAUCUCUAAACUGGAGCUGUUUCCUGGUGGUCUCCUGGAGUCUGUGGACGGUCCUGGUCAGGUCUUCUCCUCUAUCAUACUGGAUCAGUUUGACCGMAUCAGGAACGGGGACCGCUUCUGGUUCGAGAACACACAAAAUGGGUUGUUCACAGCUGAGGAGCUGCAGGCCCUUCGGAACACAACCUUUCAUGACGUCAUUACAGCAGUCACCAGUGCAGAGGCUGAGGACGUACAGAGGAAAGUCUUCUUCUGGARGGAUGGUGACCCUUGCCCCCAGCCUUCUCAGGUCACGACCUCUGAGCUCCACCCCUGCACCAACGCCACCAAGCUCAACUACUUUGACGACGGAAGCAAAGCUGGCUUUGGCAUCUCAGUCAUCUGCCUGUUCCUCUUUCCUGUUGUGAGCUUCCUCAUGGCUCUUGUGGUGGCCCACUUCAGAAAAUCCAAGUUUAAGAAGUUCCAGAAGAGAGGGCCUGACGACACAACAGAGGAACCUGCUCCUGGAAUCACAGCCUGUGAGUGGCAGGGCCCUAAUGCCCCAUUUCCAGUCAGUCUGUUGAUCGAUGAUAGGAGGAAACUCCAGGUGUUUGACCAGUCUGGACCCGCUCUACGGUCACUCAGCCUGGGUACCCAGACCCACCUGGAUGUCCUGCUGUCCAGUAACAAUUACCGCAGGGCUCUGCUGAUGAAAGUACCCAAAGAGUUUGACCUGGUGAGUGCUGUACUUGAGGACGAGGGCCAGCGUGGAGAGUUUGUUCGGCACCUUCGCUCUGAGGUGACAGACUGUGGACAGGUGCUGGUUGUGAGGGACAUGACAGAGAAGGAGCUACUGAGAGAGGCAGUGACCAGAGACCAGAGAGCUCAGAUAGUAGAGAACUUCAUCAGGAGUGCCUUUGCCAAGGUCCUGGAGAUAGAGAAUUGUGAUGCCAGGGACAUGAGUGGUGCGUCCUGUAGGAAGACCCGCGAAGCCCUGGAGACUGAGCUGACAGGAACUGARUUUGCCGACGCUCUGGCACUCAAACCGGACUCKCUCUUUGUYGACUCCAUGUUCACGCUGGCCGACAAGGACGGAAACGGAUACCUCUCCUUCCAGGAGUUCCUUGAUGUCAUMGUMAUUUUCAUGAAAGGUUCUCCCGAGGAAAAGUCUAAACUGAUGUUCUCGAUGCACGACAUCGAUGGGGACGGUUUCUUAUCGAAAGAUGAUUUUUCCAGGCUGCUCAGGUCGUUCAUAGAGAUCUCCAGCAGUCUUCUGUCUAAGAGCCAGGCUGAGGAGGCCAUCGAGGCAAUGUUGGAGGCCGCAGGUUUCGAGAACAAGAAACAGAUUACCUGGGAGGACUUCCACUUCCUGCUCCGGGACCACGAGAAGACACUGACCUUCGCUCAGCUUAACAUCAAAGGGAUGGAGAAGGAGGGGGGAAACAAACUGAGUCGACACCAGCAUGUGUCUUUCAUCAUCCCAGAGAGGAACAGCUCACCCACAGAAGGGGACACACAGUUCUCCAACAGCCCGGGGAAAGACGGGCAGGAACUUCGCAGACGACAAGGGAAAAGAUCGGGCCUCCAGAGUCCUAAGGUCUACGUGAAGCCUAAGAAGGAGCGUUACAACAGGAGCCCCAUCCAGCAGAAGAUCCAGCAAUUCAAACGCUUCGUAGAGAACUACCGUCGCCACAUUGUUUGCUUCACUAUCGUCUAUGGCAUCACAGCCGGAGUGGCUCUGGAGAGAUGCUACUACUAUGGUUUGCAGGCAUACUCCACGGGUGUGCCGGAGACGUCGGUGGUGGGUAUCUUGGUGUCACGCGGUUCGGCGGCGGCCAUCUCCUUCCUGUACCCCUACAUGCUGCUGACGGUGUGCCGUAACCUCAUCACCCUGGGACGAGAGACCUUCCUCAACCAAUACAUCCCCUUCGACGCCGCUAUYGACUUCCACCGCUUCAUGGCCAUGUCCGCCCUCUUACUCACAGUUGUCCAUUCUCUGGGUCAUGUGGUUAAUGUCUACGUGUUCUCAAUCAGUGACCUCAGCAUCCUGGCCUGUCUGUUCCCCAAGGUCCUAGUCAACAAUGGGUCUGAGAUGCCGAUGAAAUGGUCGUGGUGGUUCUUUCAGAGUGUUCCAG